UAAGGGAAAAGUGACGAGAGAGUAGGAAGUUCAGUGAGAUCUUUGCUGGGCAGUUUGAAACACUUUCUUAAGAAGAAUCGGUUAUAAAAAGAAACGUAUACAUAUCGGGGGGGGGAUUUUUUUUUUUUUUUUUUUUUUAAAGAGGGGCUUUUAAAUGAUUUUAUGUAAAAACGCUGUUUCCCCUUCUUCUAACAGGAAGUCAGCAACCUCAGGGGCAAUGCGAUGUGAGUAAGCUAUGCCUUACAGCAAUGGACAGACUGUAUCCAAGCGAAAACAUGGCGUCUAUUUCUCAAAGUUUGGACUUUUCUCCAGUCUACUUUUCUUUCUUUGCUUUUUUUGCAUCUCGGGGUCGGGAGAAGCUCAGGAGAGAUGCGCGCCUUGUCCAGACAACUGUACUUGCUCUGUUCUGGGACCACAACUUUCUUGUCUCGUUAAUUGUUCAAAUACCGGACUACAUCAGGGACCUGAUGCGAUGGAUAUCCCGUGUGAUACAGCUAUUCUAGACCUUUCACAGAAUCGUUUCUCCUCGAUCGAUGCCAGUCUCUUUCAGCGUUUGACUUCCUUGAAGGAAUUAUAUCUUCAAGGUAACAAUAUAAGUGUUCUUCCUCAUGGAAUCUUCUCUUGUGGAAUAUUAUCCAUAUUAGAUUUAAGCAACAACCAGAUUUCUACAUUAGAAGAAGGAAUGUUUCAUAAUUUAUUUAAUUUAAGUGAAAUAAACUUGAGUUUGAAUCCGUUUGUUUGUGAUUGCAAACUCCUCCAGUUAAUUAGUUGGAUUGCAGAGCAAGGGGUUGUUGUCCAUCAUGCCCAGUCCACAAAAUGUGCCAAACCUCCUGAAGUAGAAAACCUGCCUCUGUUAAGUGUUAAUGUCUCCAGUAUUACAUGUGGGCUUAGCUAUGCAGCCUGUUUGUUAGACAAACACACAGGGAGGAAAGAACUGGUAAUAUUUUCAUCAUUAACACCUGGGAAUUUCACGAGAAACUCCUGCAAUGCACUUUGCUUCAGCACACACCAGCCAUACGGAGGCCUGGGCACGAAAAACGAAUGUCUGUGUGGCACGAACUUUGAACCCAACCUAAUCAGCGAAUCCCAGUGUUCAGCUGCUUGUUCAAACCACCUGGUCAUGAGGGACUGCCGCUGGACUGUCGCACAGCAAGCCUUCAUCGUGGAGUUCACAGCAUAUUUUACGCAACUCGGCACUUUCAGCAUCCACGAAGAGGCUAAGCUAAAUAUCAGUAUUUCUGUUUCUGUAAGCACUUUAUUAUGGGACUUUGGAGAUCAGACACCUUUGCUGAACACAACCAAAUCCUCAGCAUCUCACAAGUACGCCAUCCCUGGGAAGUACAGGGUUAACGUUACCCUAUUUGCAGGGGCGGAUGUCACAUCCAUUCAGACCGAAGUCAAUGUCAUCAUUCCUCCAAGGCUGGAGCUCAAAUGCCCUGCUGCAGUUACAGCUAACGACAGCAUCGAUAUCGGUAUCGCAGAAUGGGAUGGAACAAAUGGAACUGUUGAUUGGAAUAUUGUGUCGGAAAGUGGCGAAAUAGGCAAAGCCCCAUUUUGUCCCUCUGAUGGGCUGUUGCAUAUUGGAAGCCUCCGCUGUUACCAGUUGAUCAGAAGCAAUUCUACGUGGCAGGAAGCGCGACAGUUUUGUGCGUCGCAUGGCAAUGGUGACCUGGCUACAGUGACCAACCAAGACGUUAAGAAUUUGCUGAUAACCCUCAUAGGAAAUGAGAGAGAUGCGUGGAUCGGACUCUGGUACACUGAGAGCGACAGAUCCCUCAAGUGGGUAGACGGGUCAGCUGCAGGUGACCUUGAAACCUUGUUGACCAGCGAACCAGCGUCAGGAUCUGAAAAUACGUGCUUGACCAUGGACUCUUCUGGCCAAUGGAACCCCAAACUGUGCUCUACGAGAGCCGCGUCCAUCUGUGAAUACAGACAUCAGCCACAAGUUGCAGAAAAGAUACCUGACGCAGAUUACUUUCUAGAGGGCAGUGCAGCCUUUAAUGAGAGUGCUCCUUUAAGGACUAUAACAAGAUUGGCUUCUUUGAGUGCCCCUGCAAGGAGCGUUGAGCUGCUGGUGUUUCCUGGACUGUGGUUCAGGCAGAAGGGAACCUUGGCUGCUCUGGAGUUUGUGACCCAGGCCCUGAACAGCACAGUGCAAAUAAGGCUUCAGGUUUACAGACCCAGCUGUGACAGGCUGGGUCUCAACCUAGUCUUGCCAGGUUGUGGAGAGCACUGUGUGCCCACUGCUGUUUGUCAGACCGAGGCAGCGAGCAACAUGACUGGAGUUUGUCCAGCCAGGUAUCAGUGGUGCCCUUUUACUGCGGACUGUUUGCCAGUCAGCCACGCCUGCCAUUCCAGUCUGUGCACGGCCUGUCCAGCUCCCUUUGUCUAUGGCAGGUCUCAGCCAGAGCACAGCCUGGUUCAUGAGCUUCUCUUCACACUUUUACCUGCCGUUUCAACUCAUUAUUUGGCACACAGUUGGAGUGAAAAUAUCCAAGUCUAUCCCGGAGACUUUAUUGCAGUCCAACAUGAUGGAGAACCAGGCUCACUAAUCAACUGUCGCCAAGAUACUAUGUCACCAUGGAAACAGAACUACUUCCGUGUUAACCAUUCUGACUGGAUCACUGGCUCCCUUGACAACACAACCUUGAGAAACUGGACUGAAGAAGCAGUCUGCAGCCUCCGAGUCCUGUACACCCAGAAGAAAGUGAAGUUCAUUGAAAGUCCGCUUCUUAAAGUUGGUUUAACCACCCCAGGAAUGUAUAGCUUUCACGCAGCUGUAGAAAGCAAACCCUUUUCUAGAAAUCUUUCCUGCACGUUUCAGGUUGUGCCCCCUCUCGGCUUAACCAUCGUCUACCCGCCAGUGCAAGAUGACAUCAUCUACUUCCCUACAAACAAAACAUUUCUUCUUCUUAAAAUCACCUCUUGGCACAAUGCCACAGCCCGUUGGCAUGGCAACAACCAGAGUUUUCCUUUCCAAACAAUUUGUCCUGAAGAAAUUGCCUCACUAAUUGAAGACUGUAAAAUGAACAGCAGUGGUGCUCUGUUUUCACGCAUAGACCUGGAACUGAAUAAUGCCAGUGUCGUUUCUGUUGUCAUUACAGCAGACAAUGAACUUAGCUCUGAGAACCAGACUGUUAAAGUAAAGACAGAGGACCCUGUUAGAGGUCUGAGGAUUGUCCCUGACCCACACCACAGAGUGUUGGUUAAAUCCUUAGUGAGUUACACUGCAGUUGUGGACAGUGGGUCUGAUGUUACCUUUAAGUGGACAGUUGAUGAUAAACCAUCAUUCACAUACUACAACACAGUGCUUAAUGUGAUUUACCAGAAUCCAGCGAUCUACAAACUUUCUGUCACUGCGUUAAACCACGUGAGCAGCCUGAUGGCAGAAUUCAACGUCACGGUGGACAGGAUGAAUAUGAUGGCUGACCUGAGGGUGGUUGGCGUGCCUGCUGUCGUCCCUCAGAGUUCCUCUGAGACACUCACAGCCAGCAUCAAAGUGGACACAGCUGUAGACGCCACAUUCCAGUGGACUUUUGGAGAUGGAGGCCACACCACUUAUCAUUUCAAGCCCCCCUAUGACAUUUCUCUUCAGGUUCAAGACACCAGUGUAAACCAAGCCUUGUUACAGCACAAUGUCACCUACACAUACCAACAACCAGGAGAAUACACCCUUACUGUGUCUGUGUCUAAUAAGUAUGAAAACAUCAGCCAGCUGAUACAAGUGUUUGUCUACAGCCAUCUCACUAGUGUGGGAAUAAUAGUUGAUACUGAAGCUCUUGUGGUUGGUAGUACGGCAGCAUUUGAGGCCCACCCCCUCCCUUCACCAUAUGGAAUCAUGUACACCUGGAGCUUUGGCGAUGGCUCUUCUCCUGUUCAGGGGCGGGAGCGCAGAGUAAACCACACCUUCAAUCAGAGCGGGGUCUAUAACAUUAGCGUCCGCGCUAACAACACAAUCAGCAGCACGGAUUCCCAAAGGAGUGUUCUGGUCUUUGAGGCGAUCACAGGUCUAAGUGCCUCAUCGAAUGGACCUACUGAGCUUCAUACUGCAGUAUUGAUUCAUGCAGAGGUUAAAACUGGGAAUAACAUUAGUUGGAUCUUUGACAUGGGAGAUGGGAGUCAGCUGACAAACGUUGGUCCUGUGGUGGAGUACACUUACGUGAAAGAGGCCAUCUACACUGUCAACGUGACUGCCAUAAAUGCAAUCAGUAUCGCGUCCGUGUCCCUAGCUGUUCAAGUAUUUGUGCUUGAGGUUUUAAGGUUAGAGCCUUCCAAGUGCAUUCAGGAACUUGUUAAUAUAAGCUUUAUCGCCUUUGUAUCAGGGAACUCUUCAGUCUAUGUAUAUGACUGGAACUUUGGAGAUGGUUCACCUAAUCUGACUGUAAAAGGCAGUCCUGAGGCAAAUCAUCUAUUCAGAAGGAGUGGGGUGUAUGCUCUUUCAUUGGGACUGUCGAGCAGUGUUAAUAAAGCCAAUUUCUUCACCAGUAUUUGUGUUCAGCCAGUGGUAAUGAAUGUGACAAUUGUGCCUCUCAGUAAGUACACCAAAUUGGGCGAGGAGAGCAGAUUUUAUGUCAGCGCCUUUCCCGAGUAUCAGUACAAUUAUCUGUGGGACUUUGGCACUAAUGACUCUGCUGUCCGAGGAACUAAUGAAAUGGGCUUCACUUACAGAAACGCGGGCCAGUAUUCUGUUACAGUCUCUGUGCUCAACAACAUUUCAUUUAGCAGUAGUAUGGUGCAGAUUGAAGUCCAGGAGUCUGUUGGGUUGGUAAUAAUCACACACAAUGGCACAAAGUCCAACAAUUUAGCAUUACAAGAGACGUACAUGUUUAGGGCUUCUGGGAGUUAUUGGAAAGAGAGAUACACAUGGGAUUUUGGUGAUGGAAGCAACAAACUGGGCUGCAAUGUCACCCAUGCAUAUAACUCAACAGGCAAUUUUAACAUUACCCUCACAGGCUGGAACGAGGUUAGCAGUAAUACCUCACAAAUUAGCGUUGCAGUCAAAACACCAGUUCGUGGCUUGACAGUUACUGCAAGCAAGACCAUUGUGCCACUGAAUGCAUCUGUCACUUUCAUGGCACAUCUGUUAGCAGGAGAUGAUCUCCAUUACUCUUGGAUCUUGUGCGACAGGUGCACGCCAAUUCCUCGGUCGUCAACUAUUUUCUACACAUUUCGGUCCAUCGGGACGUUUAACAUCAUUGUGACUGCAGAGAAUGAAAUCAGCUCAAUGCAGGCCAGCAUUUUCAUCUUUGUACUGAAGGAGAUAGAGGGUCUUCACAUUGUAGCAGAGGAUCUUGUUGACGGUUGCUGUUUUGCAACCAACAGAGUUCUACAUAUGCAGGCAGCCAUCAGAGAUGGAACUAAUAUGUCUUACAUCUGGACUGUUUUAAAAGCCCAAGACCCUAUUCUAAACUUUAGUGGAAAGCUUUUAGAUGUCAACUUUCCAGAACCUGGCUUUUAUGAUGUCAUUUUAAAAGCAACCAACCUCUUGGGCACAUCAAGUGUGAACAGGACCAUUGAAUUUCUGGAUCCUAUUGGAAAUAUAUUCAUGACUGCAGUGCCCAACCCUGUGGCAGUCAAUCACUCUACUAAUAUCUCUUUGUUAGUAAGUAGUGGCACCGAUCUAAAAUAUAUUUGGUCCACAGAAGAUCAUUUUACCAGUCCUACAGAAGAGUCAUGGAUUACUCAUCAGUUUAGCACUCCAGGACUCAAACAAGUUGGUGUCAUGAUUACCAAUAAAGUGAGCUCAAAAAAUGUUGCCACUUUAAUUAGUGUACAAGAGCCUAUUUCAGGAGUAAAUUUCUUUGCUCAGGAUCUCCCAGACCAAUAUUACAUAGCCUCUGGUUCAACUGUCUCAUUGCAAGGGGAAUUUCAACGAGGAACAAAUGUUACAUGGACGUGGCAUCUUCCAAAUAGUACAGCAACCGAGCAGCAAAUCACUCUGCUUUUUGCUGUGUCUGGGAUCUAUACCAUAUCCUUAAAUGCUUCCAAUGAUAUCAGCUGGGCUUUGGCCUCUAGAAACAUCACAGUACAAGACAAAAUAGGAGGGCUUGAGUUAAAGGCCAGCAAGAACAUUGCGUCCCUAAGAGAGAAUGUCCUUUUCAUGAUUGGAAUCUCUUCAGGAACUUCCGUAAGCUUCUUGCUAAGUAUUAGUGGAGACUCCUCAGUGUUCGUUGUGAACCUCAAUUAUACCCAUCAGUUUACCAAGGUGGGGGACUUUGUUGUCAACCUGACAGCACAAAACCAAGUCAGUACAGAAAGGACCAGCAUUAUAGUCACAGUAAUGGAGCCGGUGAGCAGACUGAGAAUCGUCAACUGUUGCGAGGAAGCCAUUCCAACAGGAGUGAGUAAAAUGUUCAAUGCCGAAACACUGACUGGUUCUCCAGUGACAUAUCUGUGGACCUUUGAUCUGCACUGCGGUUCUAAGAAAACCAUCAUUGGAAAGCAAGUCUCCUACACGCCGCCCCAAGCAGGACAGCUCACCAUAUACCUCAGCGCUUUCAAUGCUUUAGGGAGUCAGAACAUCACAAGAGUAAUCCAAGCUCAGAACAAGCUCCUCUUAGCUACACUAGAAGCGAAGCCUGCAGAAACUCUUGUCAACAAACCUGUGACCAUGCAGGCUUUGGUUUCACCACAUCCAACUUCGGUAAACUAUGUGUGGAGUUUUGGUGAUGGUUCAGAAAAAAGGACGACCAAAACUGCAAACGUAUCACAUGCUUACUUGGUUCCAGGGGAGUAUACUGUAGAGGUAAACGCAAGCAAUCUUGUAAGUUUUGCAGUUGCCCAGACCACCGUGACCAUACAGGUCUUGGAGUGUGAGGAACCUGAGGUCCAACCGGUUCAGUCAUCUCCAACUGUCAUCAGAAGAUCCCAGAGAAACUAUUUGGAGGUAGCUGUGGACUUCAGAGGCUGCACGAGGUACAAGAUAGAGUAUCUCUGGGAGAUUUACAGAACCACAACCUGCUCGAACUCCAAUGACAAUUCUAAAGUAAGCCUGCAUGAUGUCGAUGUACAGAGGCCUCAACUGGUCAUACCUAGGAUGGCACUGGACUUGGGGAGCUACUGUGUUAUCUUCUCCCUUUCAUAUGCAGAUGUGCCACUUAGAAAGAGCAUUGCUAUUCAUCUAAAUGUGGUUCCGAGUAAACUGGUUCCUAUAAUCGAUGGCGGGACAUUUCGAGUUUGGUCUAAGACCCAGGAUUUACUGAUGAAUGGUGAAAAGUCAUAUGACCCCAAUCUGGAGCCUGACAACCAAUCCCCUCUGAGUUAUACUUGGACAUGUGUGAUUUCAUCCAAGACACCCUCCUCUGGUUGUAAUCUGAAAUGCGGCUCCCAGGAAAAGGUGUUGGUCAUCGCUGAGGACAUGCUGGAGGCAGAUGUGGUGUACACGUUCCUGCUGACUGUCAGCAAAGCUGGCAUGAGCCCAGAGAAUACGACCCAGACUGUUUUGGUGAAGAAUGGCACAGUCCCCAUGGUGUCUCUGGAGUGCAUCUCAUGCAAGGCACAGUCUGUCUAUGAAGUGAGCCAAAGCUCUUAUGUGUAUCUGGCUGGGACCUGUAACAACUGUCAGGAUAAUAAUUCUCACUCCGGGCGUUGGAGGGCCCAGAACUCAAAGAAUGAGUCCUUGGUGUUGGAUGUGACCACCACCUCCACUGGCAGCACUGGCAUGAACCUGGUGGUGAGACAGGGGAUUCUGAAGGAUGGAGACGCUUACACCUUCAGUCUGCAUGUCACUGAUCCUUUCAUGGAGAACGAGGGCUUUGCAUCCAUUGAACUGCGGCCUAACUUGCCCCCUGCUGGCGGCUUCUGUGUGCUUCACCCCAGUGACAGAGCAAACGCAUUGACCACUAAAGUGCAGUUCAAGUGUACAGGGUAUAAAGAUUCGGAAGACUCUGAGACUCCACUUCUCUAUAGCUUGAUUGUCACCCGCUGUAACAUUGAGCACUGCGAGGACUUCUGUGUGUAUAAAGGCACCAAUGCCGAGUAUUCUGCCUUCCUUCCACUGGGCUUCAGAGCCAGCAGGUUCAGAGUGGACGUGUCCGUGACUGUGCAAGACCAGCAGGGGGCAGCCAUCGUAGCUCUCAACCAAUCCAUGGUCAUACACCUCCCUGAUCCACCAGAGCAGUUUCAGAGUCUAACUCACUGGCUGUACAACCAGACUGAAACAGCCCUGGAGGACCUAAUUAAGCAGAAAGACCCUCGGCAAGUCCGGGAGUACGCACUGGCCCUCAUCACAGUGUUAAACGAGUUUGAGCAAAUUGGGCCGCCGUCUUUGGACUCGCAAAGUGAGCAGGAUUUCAGAAUCCUGAUUCGCAGCAAGGUCACCUUGGCUCUGAUUUCUCUGGAGGUGAACACGGUGGACGAUAUCCAGCAAACCUCAGCUGCCUUAGCCCAGUGCACGGCUGUUAGCAGGGAAUUCAUUUGCAGAGAAUGCCAGAGACAAACGUUAACCAAGCUGGAGUCAAUGCUGGCGAUCCUGCAGAGUGACACGAGACAGGGGACAGUGACGCCCACAAAGCUAGCCGACAACAUCCUUAACAUUAUGGGAGAUCUGAUUCACCUUGUUAACCAGCCUCCUCCCCAGCCAACAACAGAUGACAGCUCUAAUGAUCAGCACCCCCUGCUGGUGGCCUCCAAGGCUUACAACCUGUCCUCGGAGCUGAUGCGAAUCCUCAUGCAUUCCCGCGUCCUAAACGAGGAGCCGCUAGUCUUACACGGGACGGAAAUCACAACGCAGGGAAAGCGCGCCCACCCCCUGAACCUGCUGUGCUUUCCCGAUGGACCACUGUGCCCUUUCUCGAUCCCAAAGGAAUUCAACAGCACCUUCCGCGACAUGACUGGCAUCGUUCAGGUGAUGUUUCAGGUCGACUCGAACCCGUUCCCCUUCGGUUACAUUGGAAACUACACGGUUUCCACAGAAGUGGCGUCGAUGGAGUUUCAGACUGCGAAUGGAACCCAGAUCCCCAUAUCGAGCCUUGGAGCCAGUAAGGCCAUCACUGUAAUGGUUUCCAACAGCACCGGAGUUAAGGAAAACUCAUCUUGGACAGAGGUGGUCAGUGAGUGGAGUUCUGUCAUUGUGCUGGUGACAACUGGAAAUACCAACAAAGCAGUAGGACUGCAUAUUCAAGUCAUGUUUACUGUAUUAAACGAUGGGGCUGCUGCCAGUGAAGAAGAGCCGUAUAUCACCGCCUAUCUCCACAGUUAUCUGAACCCUAAUGAAUAUAACUGCACAGCCCAGAAGAGGAUCACCCUGAGCAUGGCAAAGGGACCGGAUCACAGGCCAUACACUUUCUUCAUUUCUCCAGAUGUUUUUGACACAACCAAAGACUACUACCUGAAUGUUACAAACGGGUGCUGGAGGUCCCCAGUGCAGGUGGAGGUGGGAGUGUACACCUCGCUGUGCCAGUACUUCAACAACCAGGAGAUGCGCUGGAAAACUGACGGCAUGGUACCCCUGGAGAGCACCACCCCAGACAAGGCAGUGUGUCUGACAGAGCACCUCACUGCCUUCGGAGCCAGUCUCUUUGUACCCCCAGACGCCGUGAGGUUCCUCAUUCCUGCUCCGUCUCCCGGAAUGAACUACAUCGUUCUGCUGACGUGCGCCGUCUGUUUCGUCACCUACUCAGUCGUGGCUGUCAUUGUCCGCAAGUUGGAUCUGAUUGACAUAAACCGCGCUGGAGUGAUUCCUUUCUGUGGGAAGGACGGCCUGUAUAAGUAUGAGAUCCAGGUGAAGACUGGCUGGGGACGUGGAUCAGGCACGACAGCUCAUGUUGGGAUCAGCCUGUAUGGAACAGACAGUAAAAGUGGCCACAGACACCUGGAUGGGUGGAAUGCUUUCCUCAGGAACAGCCUGGAUAUAUUCCACAUGUCAACGGACAGCAGUCUGGGUAGCAUCUUGAAAAUCAGAGUCUGGCAUGACAAUAAAGGACUGAGUCCCUCUUGGUACCUGCAGUACGUCAUUGUGAAAGAUCUGCAGACCAGCAAGAAGUAUUUCUUUCUCAUCAAUGACUGGCUUUCUGUGGACAAUGAUGAUAAUGAUGGGAUGGUGGAGAAGGAGGUCACAGCUGCAACGAACGCUGAGCUCAGGCAAGUCUCCCGGAUCUUCGUGGCAGAGCUGGAGAGAGGGCUCUCUGAGAAGCACAUCUGGCUGUCACUGUGGGAGCGUCCUGCACGCAGCAGGUUCACUCGAGUGCAGAGAGCCACCUGCUGCACUGUCCUCAUCUACCUGUUCAUCCUCGCCAACGCAGUGUGGUACGGCCUAGUGGGAGACAAAACCAGGAGCUAUGUCCCCGUCUCUAAUCUGAUGCCUGUGAACUUGGAGACGGUGGCUGUCGGCAUGGUGACGUGCGUCAUUGUGUAUCCAGUUUAUCUGAUAGUGCUGACUCUCUUCAGGAUGGCGCGCAGCAAGGCAUCAGUUAAGCCUCCUGUAGCACAGCUUGAGCAGCAGUCAUUAGAAAUCGAUGACUACCUUGACUCCUCAACCAUUGGCAACUCCUUUCUAACUUUCAAUGGAGUAUCAGGGGAGACUUAUUCUGAAGAGAUCAAUUCUGAUAUAUCGGUUGCUGCUUCAAAGAGCUUGCAGAAAUCAAACUCCCAGGAAAGGGUGGUGCCACACUGGCCGGACCUCCUGAACGAUCCCUCCAUCAUAGCCAACAACCUGCCCAAGCUGAAGAGAGGCCAGGGCAGCCGCCACCUCGGAGUGGACAUGGCUUUAGUUUCUGAGGAGGAAGAUUUCUACAUCAACAGGAACAAGUACUUCACUGCCUCAGAUGAGGAUCUGAUAAAGAAAAUUCUCGCCGAUGGGCACAGGCAGGCUUCGAGACUCCGAGAGUCUCAGCUCUAUCUUUCCCACACAGAGACUGAGCUGGCUGACUUAUCCACUAUUUUUGGAGACAAGACUGAAGUGAUUCUCCUGCAGCAGCUGAAUGAGCCUGGACCAACUGGGACUGGAAGGCGAGACCCUCCUCGAUCAGCACACAUCUCCACUGGGACGACGAGGAGAGACCUUCCCCGAUCAGCACACACCUCCAGGACAGCAGUGAUGGAUGCCUCUGCACCGAGGUUGUUCCCGCACUGGUGCAGCCACGCUGCCCACGUGCUGAGUUUCCUCCUGCUCGCGGGCUCAAUCGGCAUCUCCGUGUGGAUCGGGAUGGGGUUCGGCUCCAGCGUGGCCCUCAUGUGGCUCCUCUCGGGGAUCUUCAGCUUCCUCGCUUCCUUCUUUGUGCUGGAACCCCUCAAGGUCUUGCUGGAGGCUCUGUACUUUGCCCUGAUUGCGAAGCGGAUUCUCCCAGAGGAGAGGGACACUCUGGUUGAAAACCCCCAGGUGCAGCACGUUUCAGAGAAGAUUCAACGAGUCAGAGCACCACAGGGCUUCGCACUAUUCCAGGCUAAGGAGGAGGCUAAGAAAGUCAGAAAGCUGCACAGAAUGCUAAAGAGUUUCCUUGUGUACAUGUUCUUCCUGCUGGUUGUGCUGAUCACCAGCUACGAAGACUCGUUCAGGGACACCAACGCCAGACACCUGCAGAGCCUGGUGCACCAGAGGCUGGACACAACUGAAUUCAUCAGCAUUGAGAAGCCUGAGGAGUUCUGGAUAUGGCUAUCCCACGUGCUUCUACCUUAUCUCUAUAGCAACGAAACAAUGAGGGAGACCAAUAACAUUCUCCUGGGGGUUCCCCGGCUUCGCCAGAUUCGUAUGCAAAAUGCAGGAUGUCCCAUAUCUAAUUACUUGGAGCCCUCACUGGCAGAGAGAGAUUGCAUCCAGUUUGCUCCAAUUGUAGACACGAGGAGCUAUGGGCUGGGCUGGGGCAGCCAGAACCUGAAUCAGAGCAACACCUGGACAUACUUCCCUCCCGAUCUCACUGGGGUUUGGUACUGGGGUAAGCUGUCUAUCUAUAACAGUGGAGGGUACGUGAAAGAACUGAAGAGAACCAUGAACGAUUCCAACACCACUCUGCUAGACCUGCAGCGCAAUAACUGGCUCGAUAGGAUGACCAGUGCCGUUUUCGUUGAGUUCACGCUCUACAACACCAACACAGAUCUGUAUGCUGCGGUCGCGUUACUGGUGGAGUUUGCAGCCCCGAGCAGCGCGUACACCUCUAUGCAUAUCAAAGCUGUACCGUUGCUGCGAUUAAGCACAGGGGCUGAUCUGCUUCUCGUCAUGAUGGGUUUCCUCGUGAUGUUCGUGGUUUACUUUGUGGUUCAUGAGACCCUGAUCAUGAAAAAGGAAAGAAGCUCCUACUUCUCCCAGCCAUGGAACCUGGUGCAGUGGAGUGUCAUCGUGCUCACUCUUGCUGCAGUGGUGGUUCACCUGAACCGGAUCAGCAUUGCCGAUAAGCAGUGGCACACGUUUCUAAAUCAUCGGGACGGCUUUACCAAUUUCUACCAGAUUGCCUUUCUGAGUUACGCAUUCACCAAUCUGGCAGCUGUGGUUCUCUUUCUGUUAAUUUUAAAGGCCGCUGUGCAGCUGCGUUUCCUCAGGGACUGGUCAGUGUUUGGGAAGACUCUGUGCCGCUCAGUGAGGGAGCUCCUGGCAGCCGGGGUGGCCCUGACUCUCCUGCUCCUCGCAUACUCCCAUCUAGGUUAUUUGGUGUUCUCCUCUUCCAUGGAAGGGUACAGCAGCUUUGGCUCAUCAGUUCUCUCUCUGCUCUCCACACUGCGAGGCCUGGGGUCUUUAAAGGCCUGCCUCCCCGAGCAGCGGUCAGCAGUCUGUUAUGUUUUCUACAUCAGUUACACCGUCAUUGAUAUGUGGAUCAUCCUACGAAUAUUUGCAGUCGUCCUGAUCAGGAACUACACUGUGGUGCGCUUUGAAAUGUACAGACCUGCCAUUGAACCUCAGGACUAUGAAAUGAUGGAGCUGUUUCUCAGGAGAUUGAAAAUGUGGAUGGGAAUUAGCAAAACUAAAGAGUUCCGACACAAAGUCCGGUUUGAGGGAAUGGAGCCCUUACCUUCACGUGCCUCCACCGACUCGAAAUCUCUGUUCCUGCCGACUCCGGACUCUGCCUCCGACAUCUCCUCCAACUCCACCACCUCCAGCCAAGCAGAUUCUUUCCACCCAGUCAUGUCCAGAGAGCAGGCCGAGGCUGAGGCUGCCCUGCACCGCCUCCUGCCCGUCUUCGAGACCCUGCUCCUGCAGCUCGACCGGGUCAACAAGGUCACAGAGGACGUCUACCAAGCCGAGUGCCGCCUGGAACACAUUCAAACGAAGAUCAACAAGAAGAAGUAUGUUCAGAUGACUCAGAUCUUACUCAAGUACUGCACGACGAGCAAGAGCAGCUCUGCUGGAAAGAGCAGCUCAAACCACCUGGACCACAAAUCAAAACCCAGGAAAGGUAAAGCAAGGCCACUGGAUCCAGACUGGACCAAGAGAUCAAAAGGAGCUUCUUUGGUUGAGGAGACCACUGUGGGAACACAGAUGCCCAAUGCACCUUCAAGCUUAUUUCGGCAUCCAGCGCAUACGACCACUGUCCCAGUCAAGAAGAGGAAACCUGCAGCAAUGAAAAACAAGGUGCAUCCAAACACAGACAGUCAUGUAUCCAGUCACUUAAAAUCGUAGAUCUGACCAGAUCGCAUUCCAGGAGGAGGAGGAACAUGUACACCAGAAGUGUGCUCAAGGAGUCAAAUGGUGUUUUAAAAAGUCACAUGGUGACAUGCUGAAACUUAAGCAAGUGGUGCAAGUACAAAACUGAAGGUCAUUUCCAUGUAUCCACCUGGAGUGGAGCGUCCAGCAGGCUGGACAAAGAGAAAAGCAGAAUAUGAAUAUAACUCAAGCACAUCUUGUUUCGAAACACCUUCAAAAUAUUUAUUGGUUCAUAAGUCAAAACGUCCAUUCCCCCCCCCCCCCAUAAAUGGCCAAUUAAAUGGUUUCUGAGAAUUAGCAGUGCUGAUCUUCAGAACACAGCCCCUUGUGUCAGACUUAUUUUACUGCCGCUAGGUUAGAAGACCAUAUGGAAGCACUUACUGGGGUGUUCCACAUAAAAGGAACCAGCCCCUUGUCCAUGAAACAAAGAAAUGUUGAAAUCGUACAAGUUAACAGACUUGGGUGCAGGUCAUCAGCAUUAUUUAGGUGGCCCAGGAGGUCAGUAUGAAAUGGACAAAGCAUUGCUUAUGCUUUAAAAAUUGAUUUUUGAACUGUUGUUUGUAAAACAAAAUCUAUGGAGAGGGCUUUAUAUAGUGUACAGUUUUGCUCGGCAGAUAGUGUGAACGGUAAUAGCAAUUAAAACAACGCAUUAGCAGCGUACCAAUACAUUGGACAUUGAAUAUUGCUAUUGUACCUGGUAAGGAUGUCUGAUAUUUUAUUCUGGGUUUAACCUUACCUGCAUUCAUCAUUUUGAAUGAGAUUGCUUUAAAAGCUCUGGUGUAAAAUAAUUCCAAAGUACUUUUAAAAAUAUAAAAAGGCUUGCUAAAUGGUGUAGUACUUACAGUUGCUAAUUAAUUUCUAUUGCUUUAUUAGUAAGCAAAAUGGUACAAUUGGCAGUAGUUGCUAAGCAAUACAGAUAAUUAUAUAUUAUCGAUUUUAAUUUAAAUGUUUUCAUAUUAUAUGUUGUACCCAGCACUUUAUUUGUAAAAUGAUGCUGUUGUUAGAUGGCAUUUUUUUCUUUUUUUUUUUACUUUAUGAAAAGAAUAUGGUUUAUGAGAUGAAUAUAGUUGCACUUCAGGAAAACAUAGCAGCAAGACACUCAGCUUUGCAUGUUUAAGAUUUUCUUUAGCAUAUCAGCUCACUGCACAUUGACUCAGGGACCCCAGAGCAGGAUGUAUUUAAAAUUUGCAAAAAUCAGGUGCGCUACAAAAGAUCAUUGUUAUAUGGUGACCUGUCUAAACCAAACAGGAUUCAUUUUACAGGGCAUUGUUAGGAGGAAGAGACUUUUUUUAAACUUGUGUAGUUCUAAAAUCCAUUUCCCUACUACUAGCAGAGAGGUUUUAAAUUAUUGAACCAACUCCCCAAAAAACAAAACGGGACCACGAGGUUUGAUAAAAAAAAACGUGUGUGUGUUAAGGAUGCCGAAUGGCAGA